CAUUAACUGUAGACAAAGCUACCAUUUUAACCAAUAUUGUUUGGAAGCAAGUUUGUUAAUUUUCCUGGAGAAAUAAACGAUACUUAAACAAACUUAAAUUUAGUGCUUCGAAGUAUUUUUGUGUUAUUGUUUUUUAUGUUUUUGUUUGUUAUAAUAAAGAAAAAAUGUCCAGAAACGAAGACACAACUAAACGCAACGUGCUCUCGUUCAUUAAUGGACGCGAGCCAAGCAUAGAUCGCCGAUUUCGUCCAUGUCCGAAGAAUAUAUUCAAAGCAAUUGAUAUAGAUAAUAUAGAUGAAUUAGAUGAUGAUAGUAAUUCAAAUUUUGAUGAUGCUAGUACUGUAAGUGGUGACAUAUCGAAAACAAGUACUAUUGGAGAAGAUGGGGCCAUGGUGUAUCUACGACUGCGUCCUGUUAAUUCUCCUUCAUCGUCAUAUAAAAUUGCAGGCAAUGGAAAUACUCUUGUGGUGAACCCACGUUUAGAUCAAACAACGACAAGUAACAAUAAAGCAGCAAUGGAAAAACAUUUUACCUUCAGCGCAAUAUUCGAUAAUAAUGAUAGUCAAAAGGGCGUAUACAAUAAGUGUAUAGGUGACAAAAUAAAAUUGGAGGAAAGUUUCACAGUGCUGACUUAUGGUACAUCUGGUUCCGGAAAGACUUUUACACUUUUAGGCGAUGACGUUAAUCCUGGUAUUGUGCCGCGUUCCAUUGAGAAUAUUUUCACAUUAUACAAUUCCAAUAUAUAUCCGCACCCAGCAGUUAAAUUACAAAAUGCUCGCGUAGUUAUUUUAGAUGAUGAACUUUUAGCCAAGGAAAUAAUUUCAACUCGUCAAGUACUCACAGCUUGCGGAGAUAUAACCUCAGUACAUAAGCAACUCCAACAAAUCAUAUGCUCAGAUCAUAAUUUUGAAACCACAGUUUUCGAUGAUGUGUCUGUUAUGAUUUGGGUGUCAUUCGUUGAAAUUUAUAACGAAUUUGUCUAUGAUUUACUGGAAUUAUCAGCAUCUAAUCAAACAAUUACAGUGCCGUCUCGUAAGAAUCUUAAAAUUGUUAGCAACGACGGAAAAGUUUUCGUGAAAGGAUUAACACAAGUUUAUGUGAAGAAUAGCUUGGAAGCCUUAAAAUUGCUGCGCUUUGGCUUACAACGUGUCACUUACGCCUCUACUUCCAUCAAUUCAAACUCCAGCCGGUCGCAUUGUAUAUUCAUCAUUGACGUGCUAAAGUACAAUGCAUCAGGUUUGAUAACAGAAAUAUCUUAUAAAUUCUGUGACUUGGCUGGUUCUGAACGUCUUGACAAAACUGGGAAUGUUGGUUCGCGACUUAAGGAAGCACAACGUAUCAAUACAUCGUUGAUGAUUCUGGGUCGCUGUCUUGAUGCUGCUAAUAAUUUAAAUCGUAAGAAGAGUACUGAGGUUAUUCCUUACCGAGAAUCGAAACUCACGAUGUUGUUGCAAGCUCCACUGUUGGGAAAAGAGAAAAUUGCCAUGGUGGUUAAUGUUACACCCACUGAAAAAUAUUAUGAAGAAAAUUUAAAUGUUUUGGGAUUCUCUUCAAUCGCUAAGAAUAUUAUCUUCAAACCACCAAUUGUGAAGCAAAAUAACUCCAGAUUUUCAUUCUUUUUGGAAUAUUCCAAGGCCGGCAGUGCACAAAAUGCCUACAUUGAGCAAUUACUCGAAGAAAAUAUUUUGCUGCGUAGUGAUAAUGAUCGACUGAUAAACGAAGUAAAUAAUUUCCAAAUUAGGAUAAAUUCUGAACUCUUGCGGCAAGAAAAAGAAAUUCGAAAUGAACUUGUGGACUCGUUUGAAAAAACAUUGACUGCAACCAAGGAACAAGCUGAAAAUCGUUUGAAACAGGAACUUGAAUGUCAAAAACGAGUAUUUGAAUCAAAGUUGGCAAAAUCUUCUGAUGGUGAAUGUUUGGUAAUAUGA